AUGGAUACUGAUUGGUGCAUUGUUUGCGAUACGAAGAUUUUUCCUCACCACAGUAUUUCUUGUGAAAAUCACGAGGAUGAAGAGGAAAGUGGGGACCAGUCGACACAACCUCCCGUCAUAAUCCCAUUCUCUGCAUUUUGUUCGCAAGACUGUUUGAUAAAAUCUUAUGUCGAAGCGGCAUCCCAAGUGCAAGCAUCCCAAAACCCCAAGAACAAAACUGGUGGACUUAGCGGAACUCACAGUAACGAAUCGCUUAUGCUUUAUCCCGGCCAUCUAAAGAAAAAUACGAAGUCGAGCGGCGAAGGAUCUCUCGCUAAAUUCAAGUCUAACUCGAAGUACAUUUCCGUCUAUCCAGGGAGAAAAAAAGUUGUUAGCGAAUUCACUUUGAAUAGUUGUGGCUCAUCUAGUUCUACAGCAUCGUCAUCCUCUUCUUCAUAG